AUGAUUUCUUACAAGAGCCUUUUUCUUUUUGUCCCUCCUAUUCUUCAAAAUGUGGCAGCAAAUACAUGCAACAACCAUGGGUCCUGGUAUAUCAAGAUCAAUCUGGCAGCCGGCGCUCAGGGUAACAGACGUGGAGACCUGUACGCCGAACACUCCAAGACGCCAGGAGUGAUCAGUCACUCGAUGUGGAUAUAUGACCCUGAGACCCAGCUGACGACCUAUACCCCGGACGAUCCUACAUUGAACAACACCCUUAUUUCUGUUCUCGGUCUUCAGAAUUUGGAUAUACAACAGACCGUACUCGGCAUCCCUCUGAAGGGAUCUGGGCUCAUCGAUAUGUACUUCAACCCCGGUGCAAACGGUCGCGGGGGCAAGGGGAACACAACGAUCGUUUCAGAGUUAGACAACUGA